GGAGGGACAGAGAGAGAGAGAAUCCCAAGCAGGCUCCACACUGUCAACACAGAGCCAAUGCAGCACUUGAACUCAUGAACCCUGAGAUUGUGACCUGAGCCGAAACCAAGAGAUGGACGCUUAACCCACUGAGCCACCUAAGUGUCCCAGGCUCCACUUCUAAUUCUAGUUCUCUUGCUAUUCCCACCUCAUCUGCAGUGACUUACUCCACUGAAAUCUUGAGCCCUCUAAGUCAUCCAUGAGGGUUGGAAUCAACUUCCAAAUUCCUAUUAAUGUUGAUAUUUUGACACCUUCCCAUGGAUCAUGAAUUUUCUGAAUGGCAUCUAGAGUGAUGAAUCCUUUCCAGAGGUUUUCAAUUGAUUUUACCCAAACCCAUCAGAGCAAUCCCUAUCUGUGGCAGCUAUAGCCUUAUGAAAUGUAUUUUAUAAAUAAUAAGACUUGAAAGUAAAUGACCCAUGAAUUACAGAUGGAUGUUGUGUUAUCAGGCAUGAAAACAAGAUGAAUCUCUUUAAACAUCUUCAUCAGAGCUCUUGGGUGACCAGUGCAUUGUCAAUGAAAGAAAUCUUUUUUCUGAGCCCUAGGGCUCAAAUAGAGCUCAAAUAUAACCCACGUUAUAAACAGAUGUGCAUAAUUAUAGAUUCAGGCUUAUAGAACACAGGCAGAAUAGAUUUAGCAUAAUUCUUCUUGCCCGUAUGAUUUUUGGAAUUAUAAAUGAGCAUUGGCUUCAACUUAAAGUCAUCAGCUGCUUUAGAUCCUACCAAGAGAGUCAGUCUGUUCUUAGAAGCUUUGUAGCCAGGCAUUGACUUCUCCUUUCUAUGAAAGUCUUACAUGGCAUCUUCCAGUAGAAGGCUACAAUAAAAAUCUGUUGUUUCUUGUGGCCACCUUAAUUAACUAUUUUAGCUAAAUCUUCUGGAUAACUUGGUGUUUCUACAUCAACACUUGCUGCUUAACACUUUUAUGUUGUGGAGAUUAAACCUAGCAAACCAACCUCGACUAGCUUCAAACUUUUCUUCACCUUCCUCACCUUUCUGAGCUUUCGUAGAAUUUUAGUAAAUGUGGUGCCGAAGUGAGCACUCAGCCUUCCUAGAAUUGAAGAGAGUCAGGGCCUUGCUCUGGAUUAGGCUUUGGCUUAGGGGAAUGUUGUGGCUGGUGUGAUCUUCUGUUCGGAUUACUAAACCUCUCUUCAUAUCAGCAUUAAGGCUGUUUUCCUUUCUUACGUUUCAUACGUUUACUGGAAUAGUACUUUUAAUUUCCUUCCAGAACUUUUCCCUUCCAUUCACAACUCAGCUAACUGACUCAAGAGGUCUAACUUUCAGCCUGUAUUGGCUUUUGACAUUCGGUAGUCUUGGCCCAGUACCUAUAGGAGAUAAGGGGUUCUUCUGGGACAAUCAUAGAGACUUUGAGGUUCCUUUAUACAGAUCCUACAUUUCUCUCAGGUUUUUCAGCAUAUUUAGGAGGGGCCAAUCAACCGCAUUAUUCUCAACAGAAAUAUUCUGUGACAGCAAACACUUGGUCACCCAGAGCCUUUCCCUCUCUAGAUACUUAAUUACUGGUGUCUAGAUUGUAAUCUAAAUAACUUUGUCUACUACAUGCCAUGGAAUACCAAUUGAACUGCAGGCAAGGGUCAUUAAUGCCUUUAAAUCUAAUCAGAUCAGAGACUAUUCUAGGUGGCAUAGAAGCAAUUUAGAGAACCUGCUUUUAAGUUUCUUUUCCUCUGGAACAACAUUUGGUAUUGGUUAGGGUUCACUCAGAGAAGCUGAAUCAUGAGUGAUUUAAGGGAUUUAUUGUAGGGAUCAGUUCCUGUAUGAUCAUGGGGCCUGGUUAAGCAGUCCAUUGCUAGUCCUGAAGUCAGCAGUGCCAGCAGUAGGAACGGGAAGAUGGAGAUGGAGUGUGGGAGGGUAAAGAUGAGCUCAAACCCAGGAGGACAAAAUGGAGCUUGUCUGCCUUUCACUUGGACUUGUGUUGGUUGUGUAACCGCCUCCAAGGCUCUGACUCCAGAUGCUGGUGCCCUGCAGAAGAGCUAGUACACUUGCCAUAGAAAAUUGCACAAGAACAUGGCCAGGGAUUCAGGGAAGCUGAAGAAGCUGUGGGCCAAGCUACUGCCCCAAAGAGGUUCAGUAGGAGCUGGUGGAACUGGGUUCUGCUUUAUGCCAGGAAGGUGAAGCAGCAGAUCCAUGACAAUGUGAAUGAGCCCCAGCAGCACCUGACAUUAUGCCAACCAUCUGAAUGUAAACCUGACUGCUGUUUCAUUUUUACCUUCCAGGUCUGAAGCAGAGUUCACUUGUGACCAAUCCUAACCAGAAUCAUGCAGGGAAAGCAAUUCUGGUAUUGGCAUAAUACAAAAACACCAUAACAUCCUAUUUUAAAUCAUAGCCAUGAGAUUUCAUCUUAUGAAAAUUUGGGGCAUUAAAGCUGGACACUGAUUAAAGCAGGCUGAUGUUUUAGAGAGCAUCAAGGACAUCUUUAAAAUUUUUUGGUUUCUAUCGGUAUGGUGUCAAAAGGAAUCUCACUUUGACUUUAAUACUCGGAUUGAUUAGAAUCAUACAUUAAGUCUGCUUUAUAAAUUAGUGAUGAUGGACUUAUAAUGUCAAUUCCAGUAGCACACUCAAUUUUUCUUUUAAUUGUUACAUCAGCUUGUUUAUAAUCACCAACGCCUUAUCUUGCCAACAUAUGAACCCAAAUAUGUUUUCAUGAAAUAAUAGCUAAGUAGUUAUGGGGUGAAUAUCACUCAUCAUCAGGGAAAUACAAAUCAAAAUCACAAUGAGAUACUACUUCAUAACCUGUCAGAAUGGCUAAAAUUAACAACUCAGGAGACGACAGAUGUUGGUGAGGAUAUGGAGAAAGGGGAACCCUUUUGCACUGUUGAUGGGAAUGCAGACUGGUCUAGCCACUUUGGAAAACAAUAUGAAGGUUCCUCGAAAAAUUGAAGAUAGAGCUACCCUAUGACCCAGCAAUUGCGCUACUAGGUAUUUAUCCAAAGGAUACAAAAAUGCUGAUUUGAAGAAGCACAACACACCAGUAUUUAUAGCAGCACUAUCAACAAUAGCCAAAUUAUGAAAAGAACCCAAAUGUACAUCGACUGACGAAUGGAUAAGCUCUAACUGAAGAAUUGGAGUCUGUAACCAAUGAGCUACAUGCAGUAGACAUUCAAAUUCAGGAACUUCUGGAAAAGCAACAAGAGCUUAUUCAGAAAAAGAACAUCCUAACAAACCAAAUAAAGCAGCAUUUUGAGGAUUCUGAUGCUGGGGAAAGCAGUGAAUGGGAUUCUUCACCUGCUGCUUGGAAUAAAGAAGAUUUUCCCUGGUCUGGUAAAGUUAAAGAGGUUCUGCAAAAUGUCUUUAAACUGCAGAGGUUCAGACUGCUUCAGCUUGAAACUAUUAAUGUUACAAUGUCUGGAAAGGAGGUAUUUCUUGUUAUGCCUACAGGAGGUGGAAAGAGCUUAUGCUACCAGUUACCAGCAUUAUGUUCAGAUGGAGCAUGUGAAAUGGGUUCAUGCUGAAAUGGUAAAUAAAAAUUCCAAGCUAAAGCUAAUUUAUGUGACUCCAGAGAAAAUUGCAAAAAGCAAAAUGUUCAUGUCAAGACUAGAGAAAGCCUAUGAAGCGAGGAGAUUUACCCGAAUUGCUGUGGAUGAAGUUCACUGCUGUAGCCACUGGGGACAUGAUUUCAGACCUGAUUACAAGGCACUGGGUAUCUUGAAGCGGCAGUUCCCUAACACGGCCUUAAUCGGGCUGACGGCAACCGCAACUAGCCAUGUUUUGAAGGAUGCCCAGAAAAUACUGUGUGUGGAAAAGUGUUUUACUUUCACAGCUUCUUUUAAUCGGCCAAAUCUUUAUUAUGAGAUUCGGCAGAAGCCCUCCAACACUGAAGAUUUUAUCGAGGAUAUUGUAAAGCUCAUCAAUGGGAGAUACAAAGGGCAAUCAGGAAUCAUAUAUUGCUUUUCUCAGAAAGACUCUGAGCAAGUUACAGUUAGUUUACAGAAACUGGGAAUUCAGGCAGGUGCAUACCAUGCCAAUAUGGAACCAGAAGAUAAGACCAAGGUUCAUAGAAGAUGGUCAGCCAAUGAAAUUCAGGUAGUGGUGGCCACGGUUGCAUUUGGCAUGGGAAUUGAUAAACCAGAUGUGAGAUUUGUUAUCCAUCAUUCAAUGAGUAAAUCUAUUGAAAAUUAUUACCAAGAGAGUGGACGUGCAGGUCGAGAUGACAUGAGGGCGGACUGUAUUUUGUAUUAUGGCUUUGGAGAUAUAUUCAGAAUAAGUUCAAUGGUGGUGAUGGAAAAUGUGGGACAACAGAAGCUUUAUGAGAUGGUGUCAUACUGUCAAAACAUAAGCAAGUGUCGCCGUGUAUUGAUAGCUCAACAUUUUGAUGAAGUGUGGAAUUCAGAAGCAUGCAACAGAAUGUGUGAUAACUGUUGUAAAGACAUUUCGUGUGAAGUAAAGAAUGUAACAGCAUACUGCAGAGAUCUAAUCAAGAUUUUGAAGCAGGCAGAGGACCUGAAUGAAAAGCUAACUCCACUGAAACUGAUGGAUUCUUGGAUGGGAAAGGGGGCAGCAAAAUUGAGAGUGGCAGGCGUUGCUCCUCCCCAACUUCCUCGUGAAGACCUGGAGAAAAUUAUUGCACACUUUCUUCUACAGCAGUAUCUUAAAGAAGACUACAGUUUUACAGCUUAUGCUACCAUUUCAUAUUUGAAAAUAGGACCUAAAGCUCAUCUUCUAAAUAAUGAGGCGCAUGUUAUUACCAUGCAAGUAAAGAAGCCCACACAGAGUUGUUUCAAGACUGAAUCAUCUGAAACUUGUCAUUCUGAAGGAGCUGAUAAAAGGAGGGAAGAAAAAAAUUCAGGUAACUUCCAGAAGUCUGCAAACAUGCUUCAGCGAUCUAAGAAUACAGGGACUAAAAAAAGAAAAAUUGAUGAUGCAGGAGAUGAGUGUUUCUAAAUUUUCCAAGAAAAUAGUUAUGCAUGUGUACACCAUUAUUUUGUAGUUAAAAGUUUAAGACAGUUUUAUUAAUAUUUUAUACAUAUGGAACUUGCCUGAAGUAUUGAAGACUUCAAUAUUUAAGAUCAUGAAUUAUAUAAAUUUACAGUAUAAAACGAGAAAAGUAAUUUUAUUAUUUUUUGAGAAAAAUAAUUUUAAUGUAAAAUAUUUUUAUCCCUUGAUAUACCUAAUUGUAUUCUUUUGAUAUUAAUGUUAUCAUAAGGAAUAUUUAUGUAGGCUUAUUACAGAAAAGAGUGAUUUCAGCUCAUAACAGCUAUACAAUCAGAACAUAAAAGGAUAUUAGCAAGUAAGAUCUUGCUACCUCCUUAAAGUAAAAUUGUAAGCCUCUUUAAACGACAAUCCUCUUUGACAUUUCACAAAGAAUGACUUUGGUAUACCAGACCAAGUUGUCAGCUAAGUAGAUAAAGUAGCUAAAUCUGCUCCAAAGCAGUUACACAGAAAUGAUUAACUUAAAUCCUUACAUUUACAUAAGUGGUCAAUUUGUGUUGGAAAAAAAAAAUCUGUAAAUUAUUUGAUCUUUACCAUUUUAUUUCUAUUUUAAUACUUUCCCACUACUCUCAUUAUGACUUCUGUAUUCUUCAUUAAAUCCAUGUGGUCGUUUA